CCACUUGAAAAAGAAAUAAGAAAAAAGUUAAAGUAGCGAUCUCUCCGAGCAACAAGUACUUGUGCACCAACACACUCAAGGGAAGUAGUGCCACGACAAAAAAAUUAAACAGAAAAAACAGACAAACCGAAAUCAGCAGCAAAACGGGGGAGCUAUGGAGGCCACCACUACCACAACACCUGACUUGAAUCGCGGCGAUGCCACCAGGAAGAGUGUCCGGCUGUAUGCCGCCCGCAAGGGGGCGGCACCUGCACCGCCCAAGCUCAGUGUGGCGCCAUCUAGCAACCAGAACAGCAACCACAGCUGCGGCAUCAACAGCAGCAGCAACAACAACAAUAGCAGCAGUAACUUGCCGGAAACGGAAAAGGAAAUGGAACUGCAUCAAACACAUCUUGCCAACAAGGAUCUCGAUGGAGCCACCGAAGAUGACAGCAUAGUGGAGCUUCGACGACGUGAUGCCCAAGCCACUCCAUUGCCCAGGAUAGCCGUAUCGGCUCUGCCCACCCUGCAGCCGCAUCCCACGCCCAAAGAACGCCAAAAGCCGCCUAUGCCACGCCUGCUGUCCACCGAAGACGAUGCCGGUGUGUCCUUUGCCCUCGGCUCCAUCGAGAAGCACAUCCAUAACGUAGAGGAGAGCUUUAAGCAACAGCAGCAAAACCAACAAUCCCAAUCAUCGAUGGACGUGAUGAAACUGGAGAUCAAGCGCAAGCAGAGCAAGCGCUACGGUGAAACGGAAAACCUUCUGCGACCAGGCAUUAGUGACAUGUCCUCCGAGAAUGAUUUUCAGUAUUUGGGCGGCAGGCGGGCAGGCGAACUGGAUGACAGCAAUGAGCUGAUGAUAUCGGAAUUCCAGCGCGGCAGCGAUGGUCGUAAUUCGAUCGGAGCCUAUUCCAAGAACUCGGCUGCUGCCGCAAACGGAGCAAAUGCUGUGAAGGCUAAACUGGCACGUACUGCCUCCGAUACGAAGAAUAAUGAUACGGUGCUGGCCAUGAGGGCCACUCUUAAGCAGAAGCAGCACUUGCAGGACGAGAAACAGCCAGCGGUAUGGCGACCAGCUGGAACUGCACCCACUCCGGCGGCCAGGAGCUCCUCCUCCACCACGUCCACCUCCCGCUCGGCCAGUCGCGGCGGUAGCAGUAGCAGCGUGGUGGAUGGAGUGGCUCCAUCUAAGCUAACGGCCACCACCAUUUCAGCGUCUAAGCGGCGUGAGGAGAAUUUGCGACAAUUUGAAGCUUUGUUGGCCCAAAAGUCCUCACAUAGUCAUGGAGCCUCCUCUGGAGCAUCUGGUGCCUCAGGAACAGGAAGUAAUGCAGCCAGUUCGAAAAGACGUUCGGAGCGUCCAAUUGUGGCACCCAUUCCGCCGUACAAUUCCAGUCGAGCAGAGCAUGUGACCAGAUCAGCUCACCCGCCUGUAGGACAUCAUCCCACUAGCCGCGUACCUAGCGUGGUGUCAAACCGCAGUAAUGUGUACAGCAACAAUGCUGCGCAGGGUUCGCCUAAUAUGCAAAUGCGGAGUAGUGCUCCUAUGCGAUGGCGGGCUACUGAGGAGCAUAUUGGCAAAUACAAACUCAUAAAGACGAUCGGCAAGGGCAAUUUUGCCAAGGUGAAACUAGCGAAACACCUGCCCACUGGCAAGGAGGUGGCCAUCAAGAUAAUUGACAAGACCCAACUCAAUCCUGGGUCACUACAGAAACUCUUUAGAGAGGUUAGAAUAAUGAAGAUGCUGGAUCACCCCAACAUAGUUAAAUUGUUCCAAGUAAUCGAAACGGAGAAGACGCUCUAUCUGAUCAUGGAGUACGCAUCCGGCGGAGAAGUCUUCGACUAUCUGGUUCUCCACGGACGCAUGAAGGAGAAGGAGGCGCGAGUCAAGUUUCGACAAAUCGUCUCAGCCGUGCAAUAUUGUCAUCAAAAAAGAAUAAUUCACAGGGACUUAAAAGCUGAAAACCUUUUGCUGGACAGCGAACUGAACAUCAAAAUCGCUGACUUUGGCUUUUCAAACGAGUUCACACCCGGCUCAAAGCUGGACACGUUCUGCGGUAGUCCGCCGUAUGCGGCACCGGAGCUGUUUCAGGGCAAGAAGUACGACGGACCCGAGGUCGAUGUUUGGUCGUUGGGCGUCAUCCUGUAUACGUUAGUGAGCGGUUCCCUGCCCUUCGACGGCUCCACCUUGAGGGAGUUGCGUGAACGCGUGCUCAGAGGAAAAUAUAGAAUUCCCUUCUAUAUGUCGACUGACUGCGAAAACUUGCUCCGCAAAUUCUUAGUACUGAAUCCUGCAAAGCGUGCUAGUCUGGAAACAAUCAUGGGCGACAAGUGGAUGAACAUGGGGUUUGAGGAGGACGAACUCAAGCCCUAUAUUGAGCCCAAAGCCGAUUUAGCCGAUCCCAAGCGGAUAGGUAAGACGGAAGCUCUAGUCGCGAUGGGUUACAAUCGAUCGGAGAUCGAGGCUUCGCUCUCCCAGGUGCGCUACGACGAUGUUUUCGCCACAUAUUUGCUGCUGGGUCGCAAGAGUACAGACCCGGAAAGUGACGGAUCGCGGUCUGGCUCCUCGCUCUCACUGCGCAACAUCUCGGGCAACGAUGCGGGCGCCAAUGCUGGCAGCGCGAGUGUCCAGAGUCCCACGCACAGAGGAGUCCACAGGAGCAUAUCGGCGUCCAGCACGAAGCCAAGUCGCCGAGCCUCGUCUGGUGCGGAAACUUUGCGUGUUGGACCGACAAAUGCGGCAGCAACAGUUGCGGCGGCCACGGGAGCCGUUGGUGCGGUUAAUCCAAGCAAUAACUACAAUGCUGCAGGAUCAGCGGCGGAUCGAGCAUCAGUUGGCAGCAACUUUAAGCGACAGAACACAAUCGACUCGGCUACGAUUAAGGAGAACACAGCGCGACUGGCCGCUCAGAAUCAGAGACCUGCUUCGGCCACCCAAAAGAUGCUCACCACGGCAGACACCACACUGAACAGUCCCGCCAAGCCGCGAACGGCAACGAAGUAUGAUCCGACGAAUGGCAAUCGCACGGUCAGCGGCACAAGUGGCAUCAUUCCACGUCGCUCCACCACGCUUUAUGAAAAGACUUCGUCGACGGAGAAAACCAACGUUAUUCCUGCAGAGACAAAUCUGUUCGAUCGACUUAGAAUGGCAUCGGCUGUUAAAUCAAGCAGACACUUUCCAAGGAAUGUUCCAUCACGUUCAACCUUUCACUCUGGUCAAACCAGAGCACGAAACAACACAGCGCUGGAAUACUCGGGCACCAGCGGUGCCUCCGGCGACUCCUCACAUCCGGGUCGCAUGAGCUUCUUCUCCAAACUCUCCUCACGUUUUAGCAAACGGCCAAACCAGUAAUUAACAAAACAAGCAUUAACUACUUCUUGUUAAUAGUUCUAAAACUGAAACUGAAACAAACGAUUCCCCUAGAGUAAACGCGCGUGACGGAGAGGUUCAGAUAUGAACAGACAGACACAGAUAUGGUCGAAUCCAAUCGGAUCGCUCGGAUCGGAUCAGAUCGGGAAACGAUACUGUUCACGUUGCCGUUGCCGAUCCGAAAUCGCUUUCGAAUUCCAUUUCGAGUUCAGAUCCGUUUCCGGUUUCGAUUCGAACCCCUUCAAAUGAACACCGACAACGUUGAGUUCCGUUGCGUUAAAUUGAAAUUUCACAAAUACGCCUAUGUUUUAUUACAAUUAUUAACUAAUUAUACAUAUAAAUUUAUAUAAAUUAAAGAUACAUAUACAUAUAUUUAAAAGUAAAGCAACCACAAACAGAAAUUACGAAACCCUUUGUUUUCAUUGUUUGUAAAACGAUGCGAGGAGCGACCGCGACCAGCAAAAGGCAAUACAGAAUAAAUAAAGAAUUAUACAAAUUAAAACCGAAACGAAACCGAAACAAACAGAAAUCCACUAAGAAACCAAGAUAUGAUAAAUGCAAUGAUCAGAGAGAAUCCUGACUACUAUUGCUGUCACUGUCACGAUUAUGGAUUAUAUUAACUACUAAAUAUUACACCUACGAGUACUACCUAAACUACAUAUAUAUUUAUGUUAAAUGCGUAUCGCAAUUAUAGUUAUACAAACAAACAAAUAUCACUGAUGAAGUGAACGUGAGAUAUAACUGCAAAAAGUAAAUUAACUUAAGCCUAACUCAACUAAAACGAUCUAAACUGAACUAAAGUGCGUGGUGUUUUCGCCCAAAUCAUUAUUUUAUAGUAGCCACAAUAAAACACCAAAAGAAGUUGCUAAUUUUGUAACGAUGAUCUUGAAUUUUAUUUAGCGAUCUUUGUAUUUAUAUGUAUGUGUAUGUAUGUAUGGAUCUGUAUUUGUAUUUCGAUAUGAGCUUGAAUUAAAUUGUAUCUGUGGAUCAUACAAUCAAUCAAUAUCAAUAUCAACCAACCAACCAACCAACCAAGCAGCCAGCCAGCAAACUAACGAUCUUGCAAUUCAUAAUCACCCAGAAGCCAGAUGUGCAGCGUAUCUAGUAAUUAAGCAUACCACGUAGUCACUAAAAAAACAAUACAAAGCGAUACAUGAAAACCAAUUUAACUUAAAUUCAAGGAAUAACAAUGUAUUACCACUAGUGCAUGUGACCAUUUUAUUUGUACAGCUGAUUAUCUAUAGAUCGUGUUAUCAUCGGGCGCCUUCAGUGGCUCGAUCAGUAGUUAUCUAUACAUAUUAAGUUUCAAAGAAAUAACGCAUAAUUAAAACAAUUGAUAAUUUAAUAAAUCCAUAAUAAACGAUGUGAAACAUUUGCGAGCAAAAGAA